UGGCCUUUCAAUUUCCCUCUAAAGCAUAGUGUGCACGUUUCAAGUUCCACUCUCACAUCUUUGCAAAUUAUGCACUGCAAGGCUUAUCAUGGCCUUUCAAUUGAAAUGGCACUAGAUAUGUUUUGACAGGCCCGUUCUGCGCAUUUGAUAUGUCUGAGGGCUGUCAUGACAUGUCAUAGCAAUAGCUACUCUCCUGUUGGUGUCCAGGACAUUAAUUUUCCUCACUCUUUGAUUUAGAAGGUUGGAGUCCCGGAACAGCUGCAUAUUAUAGGUCCACUGCAAUGGCAUUGUUUUACUAUAUAAUAAGAGUAGCUUUGUUUUAUGCAAUCCGGAAUUGAGGAAUUCAUUCGUGUUCCCGAUGAGCCAUGCCUUCCAAUGUGGCCCAGAUUAGGUUUGGACCCCCGGGACGAUUACAAUUGGUCAGAACAUAUUGAUACUGGUUUUCAUCCUGGAUUUGGCUAUGAUCCCAAAUCUAACGAGUACAAAUUUGUGGCCUUUACUACUUAUACUCAAGAGUCAGAUGACGUUAUGAUACUUACUGCUUCACACAAAGCGGUAGUAUACACCAUCAGUUGUGAUUCUUGGAAAGAGGUCGAUACCGUUUCUUUAGAAGCCGAAACUACUUUGUUUUGGCCUGACAGGUUCCAGAUGUGCUUCAAGGGAAUGCGUUAUUGGCUGGGAAUUGAGCAAGAUAAGGAAAUAUCUGUUUAUGACACUUGAUGACCCAGAAGGCGGGAGAGUGAUCAUUUCUUUCAAUACAAGUUGCUAGGUAUUUCAUGGUAUACCCGAACCAUCUGAGCUCCAAUGAUUACCCCUGGGGCGUGACCUUGAUUUGAAGCUUAUUGUGUUGAAUGAAUCAGUUUCUUAUGGUUCACAAUGAUGGACGCGUAGUUUGGUUUAAUCUUAAUACUAAAAAGCUUACCUGUGUUCCCAUUGAAACACGAGGUGAGUUUGUUGGUUAUGUGAAUAGCAUAGUUGUGGUCAUGGGAUGCAACCACAAGCCUGAGAGCGUAGAGAAUAAUUGCUCAGACAAAGAUGAAGAUGCGAUGGUGGCGGUAGAAGGGAAGAGGGAAAGCUGCAGGAGGCGGUACUCAUAUUCCGUUUGGCCCAUUCCACCGGCUGAUGUUUCCCAUAGAAUCAAGAAGGUGAUGGAGGGCCUCCGGGCAGAGUUUGGUGCGUUUCCCUGUAAACAGUUCUAUGCCAUAUUUAAGCGAACUCCACGGGAAGUCGAAGGAAGAAGAAGAAGAGGAAAAAAGCUCGAGAACUGUUUAAUGCUCUGGAUGAGGGCAUUACUAGCUUGAGCUUCCGCGUAACUCGCUUUGCAUUGUAUGAAAUCGACUACGAUGACAAAUCUCUGAAUUCUUGGACGAAGAUUGAUGAAAUCGGCCAUUAGACAAGUUCUCUGAAUUCAUAUAAACAACUCUGAGGUCGAACAAAGUUAUAAUAUAUCAAUCAUUUGCAAACGUGGAGUAAUAUAUCAACAUCAAAGGAUCCGGGGAACGAAUACGGAGUUAUUGAUAAUAUAUCUAAUGAACCAAUGAAGAGUUCAUUUUUCCAUCUGGAUAUGCAAAAUUGUAGAUUAUAUCGUUUGUUCAAAAAAAGAGAUUUAACAUUAUUUAAGGGUGAUGCCUAAGAGAUCA